AUGGCCAACCCGAACGACCCACCCCUGGACGAGAUCCAAUGGCGCGCGCCCGAGAUCGCGGCCUCGAUGCAGGGCAUUCACUCCAAUAGUGUGCUCUUCUACUUCGCCGAGUCGCCCUUCUUUGACCGCCAGUCAAACAACGCCGUCAUCACGAACCAGGCCAUGUUCAACCCGGCAUUGCUCAAGAACCUGGCGACGCGCGAGGCCUUUGAGGGCGAGCUCGACAAGAUGAGCGGCCUCGAGUUCCGCGUGCUGCACGCGCCCGCCGACAUGGUCACGGGAACGGGCGUGUGGACGAUUGUCAAGCAGACGAGGCAGAAGAACGUCGACCGGAACCGUAUGGAGACGAGGCCAUUGGCGUACUAUUUCGUCGUUGGGGAGAACAUCUACCAGGCACCGACAUUGGGUGACAUUCUCAGCUCGAGGAUCGAAUCGAUCGCCGAAGCGAUGCGAAAGGUCCUCCCCGCAACAGAAAGCGUGCGCAAGUGGACGCCCUCCCUAGGCCACGUCUAUAUCCAGCCCACACCCCCCUCGGCCCUCUCUCGCGCAACUGCUUCCAAGGAGGGCGGCGAUACCCCCAUGCCCGAUGGUACCGCCACGAACGGCACCACCACAGCAGCAGCCAAGUCCGCCAUCGCCGCCAAGAAGGACUCCACCAAGAACGCGCUCGACAGGCUCGCCGAAGAGUCGUUCUCGAUCCACAUGCGCCACGGCGGCGACUACUUUGACGAGAACCCUAUCACGGGCCGGCCCGGCGACUUUCACUUUGCGAGCACGGGGCGCAAGGACAAGAUCGCGCCGCCGCCGCCCCCGACGACCCAGGCACAGCAGCCGCCGAAGCCGGUUGUCAACACGAAGCUGGCGGAGGAGGCGAAGAAGGACGGGAAGGAGAGCAAGAGUCCCAAGACGCCUACCGUGCCGAAGCCUAAGAGGAAGAAGAGCAAGAUUGCGACACCGGCGACCACUCCGGGCCCGUCUUCAUGA